GCCGGCGAUAUUAGCUAGCACUCGCUAAUGGUAUUCUCUGCUAAAGGGAAGACGGUAACUCAAGAAAAUCAACACCAGGAUUGCUUAAAGGACUGUACCUCAAUAAAUUAUAACUGCUCGAAGAAGGAUUAAUUAAGUUGUAAACGUUACAACCGAAAUUUAAUAUUUUUUUUGUUGGGAGUCUGUUGUCUCAUGAUGGAAGAUAACGGUGCACAUUUCUUCGAGGGGACCGAGAAGCUGUUGGAGGUGUGGUUCUCUCGACAGGAUGAGACCAAAGGAACCGGGGACCUCCGUACCAUCCCAAGGUUUGAGUGGGACAAACUUUUGGAGAAUGUGCAUUGUUUGAUCGUGAGUGUGACAAAGUCUGACAAGCAGGAAGCUUAUAUACUCAGUGAGAGUAGCAUGUUUGUCUCCAAGAGACGUUUCAUUUUGAAGACAUGCGGAACCACCCUCUUACUGCAAGCACUGGUGCCUCUGCUGGAACUCGCCAGGGAGUACUGUGGUUUUGAUGCCAUCGAGAAUUUCUUUUACUCCCGCAAGAACUUUAUGAAGCCAACCCAUCAAGAGUUCCCUCAUCGAAACUUCCAGGAGGAAGUAGACUUUCUCAGCCAGAUUUUCCCAAAUGGUGCAGCCUACUGUAUGGGACGUUUGAACUCCGACUGCUGGUACCUGUUUACCCUGGACUUACCAGAGUACUGGGAGAACAAGCAUGCGGAUCAGACGCUGGAAGUUUUGAUGAGCGACCUCGAUCCAGCCAUUAUGGACCAGUUCUACAUGAAAGAUGGUGUUUCUGCAAGUGAAGUCACUCGUAUGAGUGGAAUUAGUGACCUGAUACCAGGUUCUGUGAUCGAUGCCACAAUGUUCAACCCUUGUGGAUACUCAAUGAAUGGAAUGAAGACUGAUGGAACUUACUGGACCAUCCACAUCACCCCGGAGCCAGAGUUCUCCUACGUCAGCUUCGAAACCAACCUCUCCCAGACAUCGUACGAUGAUCUGGUCAGUAAGGUGGUGGAGGUGUUCAAGCCAGGAAAAUUUGUGACUACGCUUUUCGUCAAUCAGAGCUCCAAAUGUCGCAGUGUCUUUUCUCCUCCCCAGAAACUGGAGGGCUACAAGCGUCUUGACCGCCAGUUGGCUCAAUUCAACGAUUACAAUUUUGUCUUCACAAGCUACGCCAAGAACCGCCAGCAGAACCAGCAGAGUUGAGGGUUGAGGAUGAAGAAGAGGCGUAAAAAAGGCAGCCACUCGGGGCUCCCUCCCUGCAGCUGGCUUCAACCCGCAGUAGAAAGCUCAUCCUCCACCUCCUCCGUCUUCCCUCCCCUCAUCCUCCCCUUUCACUGCUGUCGUUGUCCAGAAUCCCCCGGUGCUGGCGCGGUUGCGAACCCUUCCUUAACCUCCAGUUUGAGUUGUUUGCAUUGUUGUACCUGUGACUUAGAUCUCUUGCAUGAAAGCUCUUUUCUCUGUUUCGAUAUCCUAGCUCACUCUUGCUGUGAUCUUGAAGUGCAUGUAGAGGAAUUAAACAAGCUCUGUUUGAGGCUGUCCACCUGUGCCCAGUACAACGGUCCCUUCCUGCAGGUCUCGCCCCUCAUCCCUCACAGACAAGGCUUCCGCCCGCACUAGGCCAGGGCCCUGACAUGCUCAGAUCAGUCCGCCUCUUAAUGAUCAUCCUUCAGCUCGUCCGUUUUUAAUUUAAACUUCAACCAAACCAGUCCAUACUGAAUUUGCUCUCUAUUUUGAUGAUUGGUAUUUAUGAAUCGCUACCAAUUUUUGAGUGCACUUUAAAAACCUGUGAAGUCAUGGUACGAAAAGGCCAACCUUUUGUCUAAAGUCAAAUUGAAUGUAGAAGUCGUUUUGGCCAUUCUAAUUGUUGUCGCGAUGUCAUGACGUGUUGCCUUUGAAAACAAACGCCAUACUUGCUGUUUAAUGUCGUGCUAUCGGACAAAAGGUUUGCAGCUCAUUGGUCAAGGUUAAUGCACUUGAGCAAAAGGCGUCUGCUUUGCUGGGCUUCCGACUCCCACCAGCAUUCAUUCAUCGGUCCUCCUCCACCUCGACAAUCAUACAGUCCCCAAAUAGACAGGCUUUUAAAGUUGUAUGCCUGGAAAAUAUAUGUGUAUGAAUCAUUGAAGACAUUGAACAUGCGCACUUUGUUUCCCCCAAGCUUCUAUUUUUUUUUUUUUUUUUUUUUUACAGCAUGCUGUAUCUAUAGGAAGCCUCUGGGUAUUAAAAUCCCCCCAGUUAUACUGAGCACUGCAGUUUCCACGUUCACCCAAAGUGGUUCAAACUGAAUGUAGCACAGGCCGCGUAAAGCAGCCUCCCGUCUUUCGAAUGUAUGCAUCUCUAGAGAAAAGCCUGGACCGGGUUUGAGCUGAAUGUACGACUCCAGCGGAGCACACAACGCCCCCACCCUCCUCUUCCCUCACACACACACACACACACACACACGCAGAGAGCUCACAAUGCCCUCUGCCGACCAGCCAUUGUCCGGCUCGCAGCGGGUCUCCCCCUGCCAGAGUCAGACUGUCAGCUGGCCCCAGAACCGUGACAUGACGAGAGGCGGCCCUCCUGGCUGCCGCGCGCUCUGAAUGGGAAAUAAUGAAUCAGACACUUUUGCUUAGUUGCCCAGCAAAGCAUUUUUCUUUUUCCCGCAUAAUAUCCAUCCUCUCUCUGUCUCUUUCCGCCCCCAUACAGAAAUCUGUAAGCGCACAAUAGAGGCCCACCAGUCUGAGCAUGCCAGGGUGAUCCCGGAUCAUUCCACAUGUAACCGCUGCAUAAAACUGCCAUUUUAUUAAAUUUAUUGUGCCCAGACAUUUUUUGCAGUGAAUUGGUCGAAAAUGUGACUCCCCUAGCAGUUUUUCCCCCUCCCUUUUUUUUUUUUUUUUGUUUGGAUCAAUGCCCUUUGUUCAUCGAGGGCAAAAUCCUGUGACACUAUGGUGCAUGUGACUACUAGUGCCGUGUUGCUUGACAGUGUAGUGUAGCGCCGUCUCUUCCUCCUUUUUCGUUAGCGAGUCUGUGUGCUUCACUUUCCUCUUGUUUAACCAGCUGAAAUUGUUUCCUGGUGUGUUUUGGAUAGGUGGGGACUUUUUUUUUCUUUUUUAGGGGUCAGGUUAAUUUGUAUUAAUCUCAUUUCGAGUUGUGGGAAAGUGCUGAAAGCAGGUUGGGUUUCUUUAUUUAUUGCUUUGAGACUAAUGUGGGUCUUCUCCGCCUGCCGUUCAGUUCAGUGGCGUUCACAAGCUUCUCCUGCCAGAGAAUGCAGUUUCAGUUUUGAACUGGAGAAGACACAGCGGGAGUCCAACCUGCUUUCAGCCCUUUUGUGUAAUUCAAUUUGUUCUUUUGAAAUAUGUGCGGUGAUUGCAUUGACACCUCUAACGGCGCACUCAUCACCUGAGGCUCUCUGUGAGCCAUUUAGACCAGUAAAUAAAGUUGGAAGAGUUAAUAUAGGAACUAGCAAUGAAGUUGACACUUGGAAUAGUUUCCCUCUAGUUUGUCCAUCGUGGCUUUUGGAGUGGUUUCAUUUUCUUUCCUGAGGACCAAACUCUGCUCUUACAUAAACUGCUCCAACUCGCUGUCAAAUGUCCGAGGUGAUCUGCCAUGACUGUUACAGGUCCUUAAUGCAUUCACACAAUUUAGGGAUUUAAGCUGCUCAAAAAAUACUGUCGCAGUUUAACACUAACUGUUCUUGGAUUAAGUACAUUUUAGCCUUAUUGGUGUGGAUCAUUAUGCUAUUUUAUUUUUUUAUACAGUGAACUCAUAAUGCAUUUUUGCAGUUGAAUGGUGAUAGGAUUUUAUACAAAAUAACAUUUUGUAUUUUUGCUGCGGACCAAUCUUCCUUUUUUUUUCUCUUCCCCUUUUGUCCAAAUGUUUAUUUUGUUGUGAAACCAGUUUGUUCUGAAGUUUAUGGGAUUACCUUUUCAAAGAUGGUUUAAAUUAUGUUUUUGUUUUAUUUUUCACUUUCCCUUCCUCUGUGAGUCUUUUCUCCAGAGGAAAGGAAAGUCUCCCCUGGGUCAGAGGGUGUGUUUGCAGGGUGUACUGAAGGAGAAACUUUGCUGUUCUAAUUCUUUCUUUUGCUGUUCUUUGGAUGGUCAAGAUGUGCUAAAUAUAUCUGUGCUACGAGCUUGAUGCCUCAAUAAAAAGAUACUUAUCUGUGCA